AUGCAUCUUAUUCGGAUAAUAUCAUCUAUUUGCCUCCUCCUUUCCCUAUCCUUCGCACGACACAUUUUCUCCCCACCAUUCCUUAAAUCGCUUGAUAAACGAGCGCAAAUAGAAGUUAUCGGCGCGCCGAUCUGGGGAACCAAACCACCAGCGCCUAUAAUCGCGGAUGACGUACUACGCUAUGUGAACCAAAUCGCGGAGAUGUCCCAGUUAAUUGUAGAUAAUGUUAAAGAGGAGGAUGCCAUCUUCCUGCAGUUCUUCGGUGAUGUGAAGUAUUACACUAACGUCAUGAGUGAGAUCCUCUCCUGUGAACCUGUCUCUUUUUCUUUAUUUACUAACCACAAACCACAAUAAGAUAUCUACCGUCGAAUGGCCAACAUCAGAAACCCUCAGGAUCUAACUAAACUCAGAAUCGUAGUGAAUGCCAACCCCGAACCGGACUCAGACGACUCGGAGGACGAAUCAGAGGUCUCUGAAACCACCGCCGAGUUCAUGGUUGAGGACGGUAUCGCCAAUGUGAAAGUUUACUCGGCUUGGAGAACCAGCUGGUCGUUCUUGGAGAAACCGCUUCUCACUACUGAGCAUACGGAUGUAGCACAACUCGAUACGAUGCUCUCUACUAGACAGGCCAUGCUCUUCCACGAGAUCUUGCAUUUUGUUGGAGAGAGUUCCAUUUAUGGACCUGUGAUACCAGGCGAGGAGCUGAAACGUAAGAUUCCAUCGGGUACAAAUUUCAGAGGAGGAUGGUAUGCUAAUGGAUAGUAGGUCGGUUUGAUAAGGGUAGUAUUGCAGACGUGAUACCUUUCCAGGCGGCCUCGGAAGGCCGUGGCGAUGUGGUAUGCUUAGCAUUUUCCCCGUCUGCCUUGCAUUUAGGACUAAGAUCUUAUGGUAGGAUUUUCUACGCGAAGCUAUGUCCAAACCCUUUGACGAGAGGGGUUUCAAGUCAGAAGGGGCUUAUGGCGCGGCAAACUGCCUUGCCCUACCGCAAGUACGCCAUGGUCCGUUAUUUGCUGUUAGUGUCCUCUACAUUUGUCUCAAGACUCGCUAUUAUUAA